AUGAGCGGAUUUCGAAUGGUUGGAUUAAACUACGUUCAAUAUUCAAACAUAGCAGCAAGAAUGCUUCGAAGAGCUUUGAAACCUGAAAAAAGAGCUGAUGCUGCUAAAAGAGAAGAAUCCCAUAUAAAAUUUACACAAUGGAAAGAUGGUAAACCAGUCGGUGUGUAUAAUUUUAAUAUUUAUUUCCUUUUACAAGUGACGUAA